CUAAUUUUGGGGGGGGGGGGGGGGUGUUUGCUUGACCAUGCAUGCGGAAUGAGGCCGCGCCGCAGCACGCCGCGCCGGCGAGGGGGCCACUUUUGUAUUUAAAGCCACGCCGGCGAGGGGGGCCGAGAGCUUGUGGACCACGGAGAGCAGCCGCCGGCGCAGAGGAGGAAGAGGAGAGCCCCAAAGCCUGAUUCUCCCCCCCCCCCCGCUUCUUCCUUUUCUCUCCCCAACUCCUCCCCGCCGGGCCAGAGAGGCCAAGCGCGGGCGGGGGGAGCUGCUCCCGGCCGAGGAGAGCGCGCCCGGCGCCGGCAUGUGCGAGGAUGCUGCGGAGCCGCGGCUGAAGGCGGCCGGACGGUGACUCGCCGUGGGAAGCAGCAGCAGCAGCCGCCGCGAGGAGGAGGAGGAUGCGCCGCAGGGGCGCGAGCUGCCGCCGGAGCCGCUGAUUCCCGGCGCUCGGGGUCCCCGGCGGGGGCCGCGAUGCCUCGAUGAGCGCCGCGCCGCCCAUGCCCACGGGCUCCCCGGGCCGCCGCCGCGCCUCUGCCGUCCUCUGCCGCUGCCGCUCCCGCCCGCCAUGGGCGCAGCUCUGCUGGGGCUGGCGGUGCUGCUGGGCGCCGCCGCGCCGCCGCCGCUGCAAGGCCGGCGGCUGAUCUGCUGGCAGGCCGUGCUGCAGUGCCAGGCCGAGCCCGACUGCAGCUACGCCUACAGCCAGUACGCCGAGGCGUGCGCCUCUGUGCUCCUGCCGCCGCCGGGCCCCGCGGCCGCUGCAGCCGCGGCCGCCUCCUCCAGGCGGCGGUGCCCGAGCCACUGCAUCUCGGCGCUCAUCCAGCUCAACCACACCAGGCGGGGCCCGGCGCUGGAGGACUGCGACUGCGCGCAGGACGAGACCUGCCGGGCCACCAAGCGGGCCAUCGAGCCCUGCCUGCCGCGCACGGGCGGCCCCGGCGGGCCGGCAGCGGGCGGCGGCGGCGGCGUGAUGGGCUGCACCGAGGCGCGGCGGCGCUGCGACUGGGACAGCCGCUGCAGCCUGGCGCUCAGCCGCUACAUGGCCUACUGCGGCAAGCUCUUCAACGGGCUGCGCUGCACGGCCGAGUGCCGCGCCGUCAUCGAGGACAUGCUGGCCGUGCCCAAGGCCGUGCUGCUCAACGACUGCGUGUGCGACGGGCUGGAGCGGCCCAUCUGCGAGUCGGUCAAGGAGAACAUGGCCCGCCUCUGCUUCGGCGCCGACCUGGGCGGCCCCGGCCACGGCCCCGGCGGCGCGGGCAGCAGCGGCGGCUCGGACGGCGCCGCCGACGACUACUACGACGAGGAGUACGAGGACGAGCCCGGCCCGCGCGGCAAGGACGAGCCCGACGAGCCCGGCCCCGACUUCGGCUUCCCGCACUCCACCGACUGCGCCGCCCGCCCCGCGCUUGCCCGCCUCCCCCCCCUCCUCCUCCUUGUCCUGCUGCGGCUGCUGCUGCCUCUGCCCGGGAGGCUGCUCUAGCGGGGAUGGGCUGGGGCAUUUGUGCCUGGACCUUCCUCUCGUCCCCCGGGGCCCCUCCUGGCUCCCGGCUUCUCCCCUCUCUCCUAAGGCUUCUUCCCUCCCUCGCCCCCAGAGAUCCCCUCCACCCCACACUCCUGCGGGCUCUCUUCCUCCCCCCCCAGUCUCUCUUCCUCUCUCUCCUGAUCCCUUCCACCUAACCCCCCUGCUGGCUCUUGCCUCAGCCUCAAACACACACUAACAGCGGCCCCCUCGACCCCAGCCUUGGUGCAGGCUCUUCCCUCAGCCUUGCGCCCACACCCAGCCCCCCUGCCCCAACACUGGUGCUAUCUCUUCUCUCAGACACGCGCACAGUCCCUCCAUCACCCCAACACAUGCUGUCCCAUCUCUCAGACACACACACACAGUCCCCCUCGCCCCACCCCAACACGGGUGUUGUCUUUUCUCUGACACACACAUACUCCAGUCCCCCUCCACCCCAACACUGGUGCUGUCCUUUCUCUCAGUCUUACACAUACACAGCGGCCCCCUAUCACCCCAACACUGGUGCUUUCCUUUCUCUCAGACAUGCAUGCACACCCUCCACCCCAGCACAGGCAGGGGCUCUUCUUUCAGCCUCAAACACACGCGUACACAACACACAUACCCAGAUCUUCCCAACCCCAACACAGGUGCAGGCUCUUCUCCCAGCCUCUCGCACAUAAACACACAUGCACACACAUGUACUUCUUCCAGCCUCAUGCACACAUACACACACAUCCCCUCCACCCCCAUACCAGUGGGGACUGUUGUCUGGGCCUCACACACAUACAAACACUGCCCCACCCCAGCUCCCGUGCAGGCUUCUCUCUCAGCCUCCCCAAACACCCCCUUUCAAAUCCCAUUGUGAUGCUGAUGACCCCCAGUUCAUAGGCCUGGUGAACCAGCCUCUGUGUCUUGUGUUUUGUUUUGGGUUUUUUUGCCUGGGAGUGAAAAAAAAAAAAAAAAAAAGGAAGGAGGGAAGUGUCCAGGACUGUGGAUUCUCGUUAUUGUUAUUGUUAUGGUUUGGGUUUGUUCUUAAGAGUGUGCACUAUGCAAUUUGCUCCCCUCCCUACCCACCAUCUUGUGGCAAGCAGCAGGCAAAUGAAUUUAAAAGAGGAACUAUUAGCAAAGCUACUGUAGGUUCAUUAGCAUCCCACCAAAAACAAGCAGCAAGAGCAACAUGCUGAGAGUUGCUUUGGAGCAUUUUGACACGUAGGUGAGAAAGAGGCGGUGGACUGCCAAAACUACUGCCUUUAACUGCUCCGGAGUAGUCGACAACUUGAUCUCAAGUACCAUUCUCUGCAUCGCCAUUCAUAAAAGUCACAAUGAUGCCUGAAAGAGGAUUACAUUUCUAUUGUCUUUAAUUAGCUGGAAAAAAAGUUCUGAAUGAAUUUGGUGGCUUCUCCCUUCCCCCCCCCCCCCCCCCCCCCCCCCCCCGCCUCACAUGCAUCUUCCUCCAUAACAAAAGCUUGCCAACAAACAUCUCUUCCUUCUCAGCUAAGGACAGAAAAAUGCUGAUUUCUUUCCAGAGUUGUUGGCUAUACUGAACAAUGCAAGUUUUGUUUUAAAAGAGCUCUGCACUGCCAUCUUUGAAAGACACUUUUUAAACUCAAGAACUUGUAUGUACAAAUAUCCUGAGAAGUUAUAUUGCCUCUAGUCAUAUCAGGGUGCUGACCUCUGGUAAAUCUUAUAUAAAAUGUAUUUAAAACUGGGAUUUGUUACCAGUUGCUCUACUUUGUACAUAGAAUUUUAUAAAUUGUAUGCUUCGGGAAUAAUUUAUUUAAAAAAAAAAAAAGAAAAUUAAAAUUUUUAAAUCUAUGUCCUAUUUGCCAGAUAAUUGCAUUUACCCUUCUUUUCUGGAAAGGUACAAAUUUCAUGUGUCCAAAGGGACACGCACCAAUGUUUCAGUGAAGGAUUCACUAGAACAUCAGAUGUACAGUGUAUUUUAUAGAUUCGAAGUGAACUUUCUUAUUUGGAGAGAGACUCUAUGAACAUUGUAGAAUUGUAUAAAUGCAUUUCCGAGCUGCCUUAAACAUUGUAUUUUUAUAGAAGGCAUAAAAAAGGUCCUAUGUUUUAAAUAUCUCCGGCUUUGUGUAUUUUUAAAUGUGUAAAUUAGUAAAGAAAGUUUUAAACAA